GGCAUGUCUUCGCGUUUUUUUCCUUAUUCACACCUCGAAAUUCGUUCUGGUAUACCAGUUCUCGCUGUCUCUGGAUUUCAUAUCCAAGUCAUAGACACUUCAACCGGAGCUGUUCUCUUCUCGACGCUCAAUUCGCCUGCCAAUGUACAGGAAUCUUUGAAAAAAUCGGGACCGAUUCGAUGUGCAGUUUUGGAUAACUCGAGCACACAUCUAGCUACUUUGGCUGAUGAUAAAAAGCUCAAAGUCUGGAAGCUUGAUGGUCUUGAACUUUUACAUGAAAGGGACCUUCCGAAAAGGCCAACCAGCGCAGCGUUCACCGCUGAUGGUCAGACCAUCGUCGUGGCAGAUAAGUUUGGGGAUGUCUUCAACUACCCAUUACACCCCAUACCUCCCUCCGAAUCCCAAGCAUCUUCCUCUACGCUCUUACACGACGAAGGCAGCGCUAUUCCUGGCGGAGUAAAUUCUCUUGAUUUGACUGUGAAUGCCGCACAACCAACGGAUGAGCCAUUUUCAAAGAAACGGAAAGCAAAAAAGCAGAAGGUCCAUGAAAACCCACCAGUUCCUCGGAGUUCUCUUGCUUCUCAUGUGGCUAGUUCAGAUGGAACAUUGGUUUUGGGUCACACAUCUCUGCUAACCUGUUUCCUUUUGACACCAGACAACAAAUACAUUGUCACCGCGGAUCGUGAUGAGCACAUACGCGUUAGCUGGUACCCUCAAGGGUUUUGUAUAGAGUCGUUCUGCUUAGGGCAUACUCAAUUUGUGUCAGCCAUACAUUUCCCCUCUGAUCAACCCGAUAUCCUUAUUUCUGGUGGAGGUGAUGCCGAACUGAAACUUUGGGACUGGCUUUCUGGAAAGCAUAAAGCGGACAUUUCAAUCUUGGACUCAGUCAAGCCAUACAUCAAAGUAAAAAUGAGACCCUACAAAAGAACAACUUUCGCAAAGUCUGCGGAGAAACAAAAGGAUCAAAGCAGAGAAGGGACUGAAUCCCGGGAUUCUGUUCCACCCGAUGGCGAAGAACAGACUGUUGUCGCGGUUCAGAAAAUCAGUACACUUUCGAAUUAUAUCUUGUUCACUGUUACUGGAGGUACAGCACUAUUCGCGGUCUCCUAUCCAAUUGGGGACCCUUCUUCACCGUCUUUGGUGCACGCAGUAGACUUUGGCAAACCAGUGCUAGAUUUCACUGUUGGUUUCGACCAGCAGAUUUGGGUGAACUUGGACUUCAACUGGUCAGAAAAUCGGGAUCAUUCUCAGGAUGGAAGCCCGAUACGAGUAGUGAGACUUGCUGUCGAUGGACAGUUGUCGGAUGUUUCAUCGACGUUUUCCUCACCUGUUUUAGAUGCGCUCAAUGGAAAAUGUCUGGUCAAAGCAUCUUCCGAGGACCUUGAAACGCUCGAUUUCUACUCCUCCCUCAAAUCAUUACCCAAGAACACUGGCGAAUACGAUGAUGACGAGGAUGGCUCGGGCGAAACAGCGCCGCCCGCAACCGGUAUCCCUAAGAACAUCAAGACCAAUACCCGAAAACAAUCGCAGGGUUCAGGAGGUGGGAAGAAAGAGCAGGGCAAACUCAAGUCACAGAAAGCUGUCGCACAGAAAAAGCUCGAAAGUCAGAGUGUACUAGUAAACAGGGGUGGCAAGGAAAGCGAUGCGCCGAAACGUUUGAAAUCCGAAGAUCCUCAUUCGGACGGUACACGUAUGGUAGACAGUUGAGGAUUGUUCGAUAGAGAAUUUCUAAUGCGUCGCAUGCACUUACCUAUCAAGGUGCUUGCAGUAAACGUUCAGGA